AUGACUGAACGUCCGUCGGGACUGGGAAGAACCCCUACAGCACCUCCUGUCAUGGCAAACGGCCACUUUGCGACUGUCGGCGCCGAAGGCAACGCGGCCUCCUACGAGCAUGGCGUGCAAGUGAUCGAUGAGGAUAAGGAGUUCAAGAGCUCGCGGCCGGCGGAGGCCUUUGAUCCUGUUACUGACAGUUGUCUCUCCAGUGCCAACCUAUCCAAGUACCUCUCGCUCGAAGAUGUUACUCCCGCCGGCUUCAACUAUCACCUCAUCUCCGUGUUUGGAUCGCAGUCCACCGGAAAGUCCACCCUCCUCAACCAGCUCUUCGGCACACAAUUCUCGGUGAUGUCGGAACUGGAGCGGAGGCAAACCACUAAAGGUAUCUGGCUGUCGAAGAAUAAGAAGCAGGGCGAUGCAUCCGCAGGCGACGGCUCGCGCAUGGCGGACAAUAUCCUGGUGAUGGACGUGGAAGGUACGGAUGGUCGCGAAAGAGGCGAGGACCAGGACUUUGAGCGUAAAAGUGCUCUGUUUGCUCUUGCGACCAGUGAGGUCCUCAUUGUCAACAUCUGGGAGCAUCAAGUGGGGUUGUACCAGGGUGCCAACAUGGGAUUGCUGAAGACUGUGUUUGAAGUGAACCUGCAAUUAUUCCUGAAGGAUAAGAAUACCACCCACCGAUCCCUACUUUUCUUCGUCAUUCGAGACUACAUCGGUACUACUCCGCUUAAGAACCUCCAGAAGACUCUAUUGGAAGAUCUUUCCCGCCUCUGGGAUACAAUUUCCAAACCGGCUGGACUGGAGAAAUCUACGAUCCAUGAUUACUUUGACUUCCAGUUCUAUGGGCUCCCGCAUAAGGGCUACCAGCCAGACCAAUUUGUUGCCGAGGCUAAGAAGCUGGGACUGCGUUUCCGCGAAGGUCACCGUGAUCCCAAGAGAGACGCGUUAAAAGGCGAAUUCUCGGAAGGUGGCGUUUUCCUCCCAGAAUAUCACCGUCGUAUUCCUGCAGAUGGUUUCUCGCACUAUGCGGAGGGUAUCUGGGAUCAGAUUGUCAACAACAAGGACCUGGACCUGCCCACCCAGCAAGAACUGCUUGCCCAAUUCCGUUGCGACGAGAUCUUGCGUGAGGUCAUGAUUGGAUUUGACGAAGCCAUUGUCGCAUUCGAAAACAAGCAAACCGAGGCAGUGCGUUUGGGAGCCCCCGAGGUUCUCGGCGGUCUGGGUGCAGCCAUGCGAUCUGCACGCUCCAAAACCCUUAAGGGCUUUGAGACCGAAGCUAGCCGAUACCACAAGGGUGUUUACCAGCGCAAAAAGGCUGAGCUGGAAGGCAAGGUUGAUACUCGUCUGAAAGCUCUCUUCCACGGCCAGAUCUCGGCUGCACACAAGUCUGGAAUCCGCGAUUUCAGUGACGCAGUCACGAACGCCGUCAAGUCUGGCCAGAAGAAGGGCGGUGGCUAUGACUUCGCGGAGAUUGUGAAGGAGGAGACCAAGAUUUCGCUGGAGAAGUUCGAGGAGGUUGCUCGUACAACCGUGGUGGAGAACGUCUCGUGGAGCAACUACAAGCAAGAGCUGAGACUGUACGAGAAAGAAUUGGCUGAGGUCAGCGCUCGUCUUCGACGGGAUGAAAUGCGCCGCCUGGCCACCCGCGUUGAGCGCUGGGUGCAGUCUCGUCUGGCUGAAUCCGUGGGACUUGAGUUCAACGGUCUUGGCUCUGGCCGUGCCGGUGGCGGUGCUCCCGAGGACGGCGAGAAGCCCACUGAGAAGGCUUUCUGGGAUCGGAUUUGGAGUGUCUUUGUGGAGACGGUGUUAGAUGCCGAGCGGAGAUUUACGGACCGAGCUAGCAGCUUCGAUGCCAGCCUGGAAGAGGUCGAUGUCGGUCUGUGGCGUCUACGCCGCAAGUCCUGGGGAGUUCUCCGUGCAAAGAUUGACGAGGAAAUGAUUGAAGGCAACCUGCUUCUGAAGCUACGGGAGAAUUUUGAAGACAAGUUCCGGUAUGACGAGGCUGGCGUGCCACGCAUCUGGCGUCCCACAGACGACAUUGAGGGUAUCUACACGCGCGCGCGAGAGUCUACUCUCACUUUGAUCCCUCUCCUCUCCCGAUUCCGUCUUGCGGAAACCUCUGCAGUGCCUCCGCUUGACCGCUGGGUGGGCCAUACCCCCAGCUCGGCCACCCCGGCCGACGAAGAGGACCUUUCUCCUAUCGGUGGUGUCGACGAAGACGAAGGCAAGAGCCUGGAGGAAGAGAUGACUAUCCUGGGAGAUUCUAAGCGCCAAGAGCUCACUGUUCGCUUUAAAAAGGCUGCCGACGGCGUCUACGUUGAGGCCAAGCGGAGCGCCAUCGGCGGUAUGACCCAGGUGCCCUUGUAUUUCUACGGUAUUUUGCUGGCCUUGGGAUGGAACGAGAUUGUUGCUGUUCUUCGCAACCCGGCCUAUUUCUUCCUGCUCUUUGUGUGUGCCGUUGGCGCCUACGUCACCUAUCAGCUUAAUCUGUGGGGCCCCAUCAUGAAGAUGACCGAGGCGGCAUCACAGCAAGCCCUCGAAGAAGGCAAGCGUCGCCUGCGCGAGUUCCUCGAGUCUUCAGAUACUGGUCGACAAGCCAUGGCGAUGUCUGCGGACCGAGCUGGCUCCUCCCGCCGCAAGGAGGAGUAUGAGAUGUCUGACAUGCCCAGCCGCGGCUCAAAGACCAACGACGACCUGGAUGACUUGUAA